AUGGCGGUCCCUUACCCUCCUUCCAUCGAUUUGGGACCGACAGGUCCUGUCCCCGACACUGUCGAUUUCUCCCCCAAGAAGCCAAAUGGCGGCAACUACAUGCCAUCAAAGUCUACCAAUGAUCCUGUGUCAAAGACGGUUGACGCUCCUGCAGUUGGCAACAAACUGGAGGCCCGCGCAACUGGCGAAAGGGUCACCAACGGUGUAGCUCGCUUCGACAACUCUAACAUCCAGGAUGGAGUCGGCAACGGUGUGGACACUUACACCAUGUACUGGGGAGACGGAAGCACCGGCGCCGGCUGGCCUGACCAGAGCCGCUGGGUUUCCUUCCAGAACAUGUUUGAUAAUUACAAGAACCAGAUGUUUGCCGCCUGCGCAAACCUGCCUACACCCCAGCCCAACGAUAGCGGCCCUGAAGUUGGUGCUAUUUGGGAUGGUAUCCAGCAAGCGGCAGCGGCGACCGGAGUGGACCACAGACUUAUCCUGGCCGUCAUUAUGCAAGAAUCCCACGGGUGUGUUCGCGUUCAUACGACAAACGGGGGCGUCAGGAACCCGGGUCUGAUGCAAGACCACAACGGCUCUGCCACUUGUAACGAGAAUGGCAGAGUGCAGAACCCAUGCCCUUCAGCCACCAUUUACCAAAUGAUCAGCGAAGGUACUGCAGGUACCAGCAGCGGCGAUGGCCUCGCCAACUGCAUCAACCAGUCUGGCCGCAACGAUGUUUCGGCCUUCUACCGUGCCGCCCGUAUUUACAACUCGGGCUCGAUCUCGAGCACUGGGCAGCUCCAGAACGGCAUCGCCACUCACUGCUACGCCAGUGAUAUUGCUAACCGUCUGACCGGCUGGGUCAACGCUCCUAACGGGUGCAACUGCGACAACAAUCCUGGUAGCUGUGGUAUUACUACUAACUAA